UCGCCUUCUAAGCAGGGUAAUGGAAGAGGUGUAAGUGAAAGGGAUCAAGUCAGUGACAGCAGAUGAACUUUACUUUUUAAAUUGCACCUCGUGUCAUUGGCUAGAGGUUUGACACCCAAGCCGUAAAAUGUCUCUGAAACCAAGAGUGGUGGACUUUGAAGAAACAUGGAACAAACUCCUGACAACAAUCAAAGCUGUGGUGAUGCUGGAUUAUGUGGAAAGAGCAACGUGGAAUGACCGCUUCUCUGACAUUUACGCUUUGUGUGUGGCAUAUCCAGAGCCUUUGGGUGAAAAAUUGUACACAGAAACAAAAACAUUUUUGGAAAAUCAUGUACGAGUGUUACAUAAGAAAGUCCUUGAAUCAGAAGAAAAAGUUUUAGUAAUGUAUUACAGAUAUUGGGAAGAAUACAGCAAAGGGGCUGAUUACAUGGACUGUUUAUACAGGUAUCUUAACACACAGUUCAUCAAAAAGAACAAACUGACAGAAGCUGACUUGCAGUAUGGCUAUGGUGGGGUAGACAUGAAUGAACCCCUCAUGGAAAUAGGCGAGUUGGCACUUGACAUGUGGAGGAAGCUGAUGAUUGAACCUUUGCAAGCUCUUCUUAUCCAAAUGCUACUUAAAGAAAUAAAAAAUGAUCGGUGUGGGGAGGACCCAAAUCAAAAAGUAAUCCAUGGGGUUAUUAACUCCUUUGUUCACGUUGAACAGUACAAGAAAAAGUUCCCUCUUAAGUUUUAUCAAGAAAUCUUUGAAGGCCCCUUUUUGACAGAAACAGGGGAGUAUUACAAGCAAGAAGCAUCAAAUUUACUACAGGAAUCCAAUUGUUCACAAUAUAUGGAAAAGGUUUUAGCAAGGUUAAAAGAUGAAGAGGUGCGAUGUCGGAAGUACUUACAUCCUAGUUCAUAUGCCAAAGUGAUUCACGAGUGCCAGCAGAGAAUGGUGGCGGACCACUUGCAUUUCUUACAUGGGGAAUGUCAAAAUAUUGUCCGACAAGAAAAGCGAGAUGACAUGGCAAAUAUGUACACACUGCUACGAGCCGUCACUAGUGGUUUACCUCAUAUGAUUCAGGAACUGCAGAAUCAUAUCCAUGAUGAGGGCCUUAGAGCAACAAGCAACCUCUCUCAGGAAAAUACGCCAACUCAGUUUGUAGAGUCUGUGUUAGAGGUUCAUAGUAAAUUCAUUCAACUCAUCAACACUGUCCUAAAUGGAGAUCAGCACUUUAUGAGCGCACUUGACAAGGCUUUGACUUCAGUGGUAAACUACAAAGAGCCAAGAUCCAUUUGCAAAGCCCCAGAGCUGCUUGCCAAGUACUGUGACAAUCUGUUAAAGAAGUCUGCAAAAGGGAUGACAGAAAAUGAGGUUGAAGAUAAACUGACAAGCUUUAUAACUGUCUUUAAAUAUAUUGAUGAUAAGGACGUAUUUCAGAAGUUUUAUGCAAGGAUGCUUGCGAAAAGGUUAAUACAUGGCUUGUCUUUGUCGAUGGAUUCUGAAGAAGCAAUGAUCAACAAAUUAAAGCAAGCAUGUGGCUAUGAGUUUACCAGCAAGCUCCAUCGUAUGUACACAGAUAUGAGUGUCAGUGCUGAUUUGAACAAUAAAUUUAACAAUUUUAUUAAAACAAGGGAAACCACUAUAGAUCUGGGUAUAAGUUUUCAGAUCUACGUAUUACAGGCUGGUGCAUGGCCAUUGACUCAUGUUCCUUCUUCAACAUUUGCUAUCCCACAAGAAUUGGAAAAGAGUGUGCAGAUGUUUGAAUUGUUUUAUAACCAGCACUUCAGUGGGAGGAAGAUAACGUGGCUUCACUAUCUUUGCACAGGGGAGGUAAAAAUGAACUAUCUCUCCAAAACCUAUGUGGCGAUGGUUACCACCUACCAAAUGGCAGUACUUCUGGCCUUCAACAACAGUGAGAUUGUUUCUUAUAAAGAACUCCAGGACAGCACACAGAUGAAUGAAAGAGAAUUGACAAAAACAAUUAAAUCCCUGUUGGAUGUUAAAAUGAUUAACCAUGACUCUGUUAAGGAAGAAGUUGAAGCAGACUCCACAUUUUCUCUUAAUAUGACUUUCACAAGUAAAAGAACAAAAUUUAAAAUUACAACUUCAAUGCAAAAGGAUACACCACAGGAAAUGGAACAAACGAGGAGUGCAGUAGAUGAAGACAGGAAAAUGUAUUUACAAGCUGCUAUAGUGCGUAUCAUGAAAGCUCGCAAAGUACUGAGGCAUAAUGCUCUAAUUCAGGAGGUGAUUAACCAGUCAAAAGCCAGAUUUAACCCUAGUAUCAGCAUGAUUAAAAAGUGCAUUGAAGUGCUGAUUGACAAACAAUAUAUUGAAAGAAGCCAAAAUUCAGCAGACGAGUACAGCUAUGUAGCUUGAUGCGUCACACUAUGAUGGAGAUUGUUCUUUUCUUCGCUGUCACUGUCUCGUGUGUUCCUGUGGGAUGAAGCAGAACUGUGCCCCCAUCAAGGGAUCUUCACUGAGCCGUCUGGCAGCCCCAUCCCUCCCCAAGUUUUCUGCUGUUUACAAGAUCACCAGUGCCACGCCUCAGGCGUCUAUGGAUAUGCCUAUAGUUGUUUGACAGCAAGCUGAUAUAACAUUUUUAGUCUACUAAACAAAACAGAAAGCAAGUAAGCUCCAGCAUUAUGGAAAUGUGGAAGAUUUAGAUGGAAAUCAUGCUUUUUUUUUUUCGCGUUUGCAGUUGUUGUGUUUUUUUAAUGUAUCUUGAGGUAUAAAGAAAACAUUAAUAUUGUAAUAAAACUCAUACUGAUAAAUGUAUUUACAACUGUAAAAAGGAGAACAAAAUUUGAAGUCACAGACAUGACCCUGCUGCUUGUCAAAUAAAAAACAGGUAUUUGUACCUAUUUAAUGAAAA